UGUUUAUUUAACUUUUUGAGAAUGUGUGACCCAGACGUAUUACGUAUGUGUGCGUAGUGCGCAACCCGCAAAGUAGCUGUCAAAAACCAUUUGAAUGGUUGGAAACCGAGUGCGAAUUUCCAGAAAAUGUUAUCGAGAAAUUAAUUUGUUAGGCUAGAGUUAUGUAUGCCCAUACGAAAUCGUAUGAAGAUAUAUUAUCUUGUUGUAUAACAAGAAGUACUUACGUAUACAAUAGACACCAUGAUGCAGUGUCAUCCGCCGUUGGAAUUAGAGGAAUUGCCAAAAGAAGACGAAGAAAGAUUAGAAAAACUGUUUUCUAAAUUAGACAACGAUGGAAAUGGCAAGAUUGACAUCCACGACCUGUCCGUCGCACUCAAGGAGCUGGCUCCUCAUAUUAAUCGAAGCUAUGCAGAGAAAUUUUUGGCUAAAUCCGGGGGUAAAGAUGCUGGUGACAUCACUCUGUCGGAAUUUAUACACUACGUGCGGGAACACGAGAAGAAUCUCAAACUGCAGUUUUCGCAUUUGGACAAGAACCAAGAUGGAAAAGUUGAUCUGGAAGAACUCAUAUCGGCUUUUGCCGAUAUGGGCAUCGCCGUUGGAAGGAAUGAAGCAACAAAUUUAUUAAAAAGGAUGGACCAGGACGGUAGUCUAAAUAUAAGCUACGACGAAUGGCGGGACUAUCUUCUGUUGGCGCCAGCCACCGAUAUUCACGCGCUCAUACAUUUCUGGAGACACUCUACGUACCUCGAUAUCGGGGAGGAUAUGAACGUGCCCGAUGACUUCACCCAAAGCGAGUUACAAUCUGGGAAGUGGUGGCGUCAUCUGCUCGCGGGUGGCAUCGCCGGUGCCGUCAGCCGGACCUGCACAGCACCGCUCGAUCGGUUGAAGGUAUUUCUGCAGGUCAAUCCUACCAGAGAAAAUAUGAGCAAGUGUUUAGCAAAAAUGAUAAGUGAAGGUGGCAUAGGCGGACUUUGGCGAGGGAAUGGCAUUAAUGUAAUUAAAAUCGCCCCCGAAUCAGCAAUAAAAUUCGCCGCAUACGAACAAGUAAAGCGGUUAAUAAAAGGGGAGCGUAAGAAUCAACCUCUGGAAAUUCAUGAGAGAUUCGUAGCCGGCGCAACAGCUGGAGCUGUUAGUCAAACUGUGAUCUACCCACUAGAGGUGCUAAAGACAAGAUUAGCUUUAAGAAAAACUGGCCAAUACAAAGGUAUUGUUGAUGCGGCCAAAAAAAUUUAUGCUAGAGAAGGAUUGAAGUGUUUCUACAAAGGUUACAUUCCAAAUAUCCUGGGCAUUGUUCCGUAUGCAGGCAUCGAUCUGGCUGUAUACGAAACUUUAAAGAAGAAGUAUAUUAGCAAAUACCAAGCUCACAACGGGCAGCCAGGAAUGCUGUUGCUGCUCGCGUGUGGCAGUGCCUCCUGUACCCUGGGACAGGUGUGUUCGUACCCGCUCGCACUUGUCCGAACAAGAUUGCAGGCCCAAGAGAAAGCUGCUAGGGGCGCAGAGGGUACUAUGCGGGGUGUGUUCAGGGAUAUAGUGCAACAAGAGGGCAUCCGAGGCCUUUACCGCGGCAUCACGCCCAACUUCAUCAAGGUGAUUCCGGCGGUGUCGAUAUCGUACGUCGUGUACGAGUAUGCGAGCCGGUCGCUCGGCGUGAACAUGACGUGAUCGGGCCUUCGUCACGCGGUUGCUGACGUCCGCGUACGGCUGUGGUCGUCUCGCGACCGGAUCGCGGCCGGACCGCGACCGGACCGCGACCGGAUCGCGACCGUAGCCGAUAACGCCCGAGCUCAAACUCACACCACAUUCAGUUUAUGUAUAUUAGCGAAUUAUGCAUUUGAUUGUUAUUAGCUCUUGUGGAAUUCGAUUGUAUUAUUAUUAGUGAAUUUUAUUCCAUUUUAAAUAAUUUUACGUUUUGACGAAAUCAAUUAUUGACAGAUUAAUUUUAAGCUAUUUAUUUAAUUUGAAUGCUAGUUAUUUGCAUUUGUUAAUAUUUCUGAACAGAUAUUAUAAUUGAAUUGUAUAGUGUUGAUCAGUCUAGCGCUGAAUAGUUAUAUAUUACAA